UGCUGAGAAAGAAAGACCAACGCAGCGAAACACAAGGCAGGCUGCUAGCUGAGAGGGCAGCAUGGCCGGGCUACAGGACUUCCAACAAGGCAGCCACUGUCACAGGAAAACAUGGAUCAAUAUACUACUAGGAAUACUACAGUUACUUUUACCCUGUGUCCAGCACGGAGGAGCCCAGCUGCAAGCUCUGAGUCAGAUGUCCACGAGUGUGGUCGAGGUCUGGCAGCCAGAAGAUGCAGACCCAUUAGUCCCACUUCAGGUGGAGAAGGAUAGAAGAAAAGACGGCCUUCCAUUGGAAGAAAGCUCCUCUCCAUUUACACGGGAGAAUGGGAGGCCCUUGCAUUUCCAGCCCCCAGCGUUGGAGUUUGGGACUCAGCCGCUGGGGCUGCCAAGAGCUGAAACCAUAUAUAUACACAACCCCAGCCAGGAAGUUCCUGUGACACUGCUGUCAAUGUUUACAUCCAGCAGGCAUUUUUACAUACCUUCCUUUCACAGAAGAGUAAUCCCCCCCAGAGGGAAGGCAUCUUUUAAGCUUAUUUUCCUCCCGUCUGAGGAGGGCAAUGUAGAAAACACAUUAUUUAUAAACACAUCGGCCCAUGGGCUGCUGUCAUACCAGGUAUUUGGUGUGGGAGUUCACCGGGGUUCAUUAAAGUCUGUCCAAAGAAAGGAUAGCCUGCUAAUAUUCCCUCACAUCCAGAGCAUUAAGCUGACCCAAACUCAGGAAGAUGCCUCCAACAUCACUAUUCUGGGUCUUCUUCUGGAGUGCACCCUGCCCAAGGCUUUGUUCAACAGUCCUCAGGGGUCUUGCCUGCAGAGCGAGGAGCGCCUUAGUCUGCAAAUUAAUCUGUCGGUGCGUGGUGACCGACCGGCUGACCUGGACAAGCUCAAACCUUAUGUCAUUGAGCACAUUCUGGUUCUUCUGGUGGCCCCCGCUGCUGGACCGGCUGCAGUAGGGGAACCAAAAAUAGGAGUUUAUAUGUUAAAUUCUGGAGGGAAGAAGCUUGACAUAAAGGACAUGCAGGUGCUUUCAAAAGUUGAGGCUAGCCUAGAAUUUAAUCAGGUUCUUCUGAGACCAGAGGCAAAAAACUUCACUCAAGUGGCUACUCUGGCCUGCAGAGGUUCCUUGCCAAGCCACGGCAGAAAAUGCACAAGUCAUAUCAGUUUAAACAUUCUGGGAAACCAGACGACCUCCAACUUCCAUGGGCUACAUAUCACACACAGGUGGGCUGUUGGAGAUGUGUCCAGUCUAUGUCAGGUAAAACAGAGGGACUCAGAGCAGGUGGAACUGUGGCUGACCAACCCCGUUGCCCUUCCUCUUACUGUGGUCAACGCCAGCCUCUCACAGAAGCUGCAGGGAUUAAUGAAGGUGGAGAACUUCAGUGGUCCAGUGACACUUCCACAGGGCUGCUGGCACAUCCUGUCCCUCCACCUGCUCAGCAGGGCGUUGCCCCUCAACCAGCUGUUCAUCCUGAGUCUUUAUACCAGCCUGGGAACAGCUCUGCAGAUUCCACUUUACUUUCACUCUACACCUUCCAAGCAGGGGGAUGUCGUGUUUGAGACUGAACGUGAGUGUGGACGACCCUGCCCGCUCAAAUUAUCUGAUGCAGGUCGCUCUGAGUGGCAGCGCUCUCUCCUCCCAGACUUUUUCCGUUCUUCCUGGGCUGUUGAUAACAAACUAGCUGCUGAACUCUGCUCUCGAUGGCAGAGUCACAAAGACAAAAUGCCUUGCAGGUGGCCCAGGCUCCCUGUAGAGAUGUCGUCUCCUUUGGACUUUGGUGCUACACCAGUCAAUGAAAGCAAGGUCAAAACCUUCAUGCUGAAGAAUCCUUCCUCUUCAGUGGUUUCUAUAGAGAUUAGAGUCCUCUCCUUGUACCCUGCCCCCCUGGAGGCCCUGGACCUCCUAACCAAAUGGUUUAACAUCAGCCCCCUUUCUGUCCACAUCAACACCACAGAGUUCUCUUUGCUGGCUUCUUCUCCCAAGUCUGGAGACAGAGUUGAAGACCUAACAGGGGAGGGUGUUCUGCGUCUGCUGCUCCAGCCGUGGGAGGCCAGAGAGGUUGCUGUGGUCUUUACCCCCUCUGAACACAAACCCACCACUACCAUUCUCAUCAUCAGGAACAACUUGACUGUGUUCGACAUGGUGACAGUGCAGGGCCAUGGAGCCAAAGAGCUCAUCAGAGUGGGCAGUAAACUACCGGGGCCAGGAGCCUCUCUACGAUUCAAUGUCCCUCAGUCAACGCUGAUGGAGUGCCGUGACGGCCUGCGCACCAAUAAGCCGCUUUUCGCCAUCAGAAAGAGUUUCAAGGUGGAGAACGCAGGAGAGCUUCCUCUUACUGUCAUGUCAAUGAAUAUAAAUGGAUAUAAAUGUCAGGGGUUUGGAUUUGAGGUGCUGCAGUGUCAUUCUUUCAGCCUCGACCACAACUCAUCCUCUGAGAUCACCAUUGCGUUCACUCCAGACUUUACCUCUUCCUGGGUGAUCCGGGACCUCACCCUGGUGACAUCACGUGGCACCUCUUUCCCAUUUACCCUCAACGUAACGCUGCCACAUCACAUGUUACCUCUGUGUGCCCAAGUGGUUCCUGGACCGAGCUGGGAGGAAACGUUUUGGGUGAUCACCCUCAUCUUCACCUGCUUCUCUUUGUUUGGUGUAUGUCUGAUGGCAUUCCAUCAGGCUCAGUACAUCCUCAAUGAGUUCUCCACACCCAGUAUCAGGAAUAACCACAACUCUGUCUUGUCUCGGGACAAUGGCACUGUCAACAACAUCACACCCAAUGGAGUAAAUAAAACAAAGGGAAGCUGCAAGAGCUACGUGGACACAUGUCACACGUCUGACAAAGGUAAGGGCCGUGGCUCUCCGGCUCUGGCCAACAGCCCCACCCAGAGACCCCAGACCUCAAAGAAAGGCUCCUCCACAACCCUGUCACAGCCACAAAAGAAACACAAGGUUUCACUGUAUUACACCAAAUACAAGUCCAGCCCCCCCACGACUACAUCUGGUGCUGUGACAAUGGAUGAAGAUCACGAAGACCUGAGCCCAGACCCUCCCUUGACCCCAGACCUUGACAUCUGCAAUAACAAUGAACCAGCUUUCAUGAAGGAGCUGGAUAAAAAGACCUCAGCAGACUUUACAGAAGAGCCCCACAGCCCUGUGGAAGACCGGGUGCCAGCGGUAGUUAUGUUUCCCAUGGAAAUGCCCACUGGUUUCCCAGAUAAUGUUACGUUGGGUCCAGGGCCUCAACCAGGCCUGUUGGUGUGCAGUCCUGCAGUAAACAGCUGCUCUGAGCACUAUGACAAGAUGGACUCGGACAAAAGGGAUAGUGCUGAACAGGAGCUGGGAGAAGAUGGAAAAGGCCAGAAGAAGAAAGCACAGAAUUCAGAAACUAGUUCUGCAGCAGGAAAUAAGGGAAAGAGGAGUCGCAGAAAGACAGAAAAUGUCUCCAGUGGUCCUGAACACAGUGUAGCAGUGAUGCCAGAGAGGGAGAAGGAGCCUGACUGGAAAACUGGGAAUCAUAACAUUGCAACCCGCAACAGGAACCGCUGCUGUAACGGUUCCAAGUCAGAAGCACCAAAGCCUGGACAGAGCACAGAGAACCCCCUCAGACAAAACGGUGUGUGUCCCACUCGCACUCGGAGGAAGUGUCCUACAGAGCGGCGUGGCGGCGGCGGCGGCAUGUGUGAGUCGGGUUCUGACUCUGGCAGCUCAUCAGGCAGCGUUCGGGCCAGCAGAGGGAGCUGGGGCAGCUGGAGCAGCGCCAGCAGCAUGGAGGGAGACAAGGACCCCAACAACGCCCGAACACAUGCCUACGCUACCUCAAACAGAAAAAGGGAAUCCAUUCAGUACGGCGUUUACGCAUCAGACAGAGAAUGCUACCAGAACAUGAACGUAACCUACAAGGCUCAGAGCAUGAACAACUUAUAUCGUAAAGACAUGUGCCAAAGCCCAGAUCCUCCAGCGCCCAACUUUGCCCCGAGUUUUGCUGCUGUUGCUGCAGGAGUUGACAGGAAUAUGGACCUGACGGGUCAGUAUGUGCCUGAAGAGACGUGGUCGGCUCCUUCCAUCCCUCUCACCAAUGAGUUCAGAUACAACGCCACCGAAGCUCUGCCCUACAUACCUCAACCAGCUACAACCAGGCAAUACAACGGGUUUACGUGGAACAGUGCCAACAACCAUUGCAGUAAUCCCUACACAUACUGUGAGAACGGCAGCUACACAGGUAACGGAACUUUCCAAGGUGGUUUUCCUGGUCAAGAGGGCCAAAACACACAUAGCAACCAGACCAGCUGGACUGAGGAACAGCCUCAGGGAUCUCCAUCGACUUGGGACACAGCGGCCUGUGUGGGCAGCAAGCCAUACUUCUCUGGGACCCGCAGCCUUUCUCCGAUGUCCAGUUUGUUCGGUUCCAUCUGGACUCCGCAGAGUGAGCCUUACCAGAGCCACUUCCAGCCUGAGCGCUCGGCCCCCAUGUCCCCCGUGUCCCCCGUCACCCCGCCCCACUCCCCCUUCAGCCGGGAGCCCGAGGCCUCCUGCGGCCCCCUCCACUACCCCGGCUUCAACCCGUUCGGCCCCCACAUGAACCUGGACAUCUGGAACUCCUCAUCCAACCGCAGCUCCAACUCGCAGCUCUCCAACGACUCCGGAUACUGCGGCGACGUGUGAACGACCUUGAAAAAAACAAACAAAUAAACAAACAGCAGACCUUAACAGUAAUGGCAAACAUAUAAAACCAUGAUAUGUAAAAGAAAGGAAAUAAAAAUGAAUGUUCUUUUAUCAUUAAUGGGGAAAAUGUGAAUAUUCCUUUUCUUUUAUGUUCCCAUUUUCAAAUGUUAAAUGUUGUGAAAGGUUAAGCAUUUGUUGUAUAUUUUUCUAGAUGUUUUGCAGUUCUGUUCAUAGAAAAUAAACAAAAAAAAGGUUUUGUA